CUCUUUCCGUUCCGGCCCUUUUCUCCCUCCGCCCCGGUGCCUUUUCAACUCUGCGGCCCACGUGCGGAUUUAAUUCGGUUUUUCACCUAAAAUUUCGCAGAAAUAGUUUGGACCAAAUGUCGUCGCCUUUCGAGCAGAUGAGGGCGAAUGUGGGGAAGCUCCUGCGGGGAAUCGACAGGUACAACCCUGAAAACCUUCCAACGUUGGAGCGCUACGUGGACACACAAGCUAAAGAAAAUGCUUACGACCUGGAGGCCAACCUGGCUGUCCUGAAGCUGUACCAGUUCAACCCGGCCUACUUCCAGACCCAGGUGACCUCUCAGAUCCUGCUGAAGGCUCUGACCAACCUGCCUCACACCGACUUCACCCUCUGCAAGUGUAUGAUCGACCAGACACACCAGCAAGAGGAGCGCCCCAUCAGACAGAUCCUCUACCUGGGGAACCUGCUGGAGACCUGCUACUUCCAGAGCUUCUGGACGAGUCUUGAGGAGAACCGGGAGCUCAUAGACGGUAUUACCGGUUUCGAAGACUCUGUUCGCAAGUUCAUCUGUCAUGUCGUGGGCAUCACGUACCAGACCAUCGAGCACCGGUUACUGGCUGAGAUGCUGGGAGACCCUCUGGAUACGCAGGUGAAGGUCUGGAUGAAUAAAUACGGCUGGACAGAGAACGAGGAGGGACAGAUCUUCAUCUUCAACCAGGAGGAGAGCGUCAAGCCCAAGAACAUCGUGGAGAAGAUCGACUUUGAGAGUGUCUCCAGCAUCAUGGCCACAUCUCAGUGAUGGAAACACACACACACACACACACACACACACACACACACAAUUUAGGCACGACAGAUUCAACCAGGUCAUUGGUUUUCAUAAUCACUUUUCUCAAUAAAAGUAAUUUAUCAUUUACAGUA